AUGCUCCACCAACUGAGCCAGACAGGCGACCCAUAUACUAGGCACUUUUCUAAAGCACUAGAGAAGCAGCAUGGUUCAAGCCAAAAGUACCCGUUCUAGAGAUUACAUUCUAGUUUGGCGAUAGCGGUAGCAUGAAUAUACGUGGUGAUAAGUGCUAUAAAGAAAAGUAAGAGUGGAAAGAGAUGGGGUUUAAAAAUGCUCAGGGAUAGCCUCUCUGAGGUCUCUACUAGAAUGUAAUCUGCAGGAGGGUGAGGACCUUACUGGUCUUGCCCGUUACUGCAUUUCCCAUGCUUAGAAUAGUGCCUGGCACAUAACACUCAGUAUUGAAUGAGUAAAUGUGGACCAUAGAGAAAUUAGUUCAAAAGACCCCAUUUUUAAAAAUUUUAUUUUAAUGUAGGUCAGCAGCAGGCACAGUUGAUCUUAAAUUGUCAUGUCAUUCCAGUGCAUCCUUGGCUGAAGUAGGAAUAAAGAUGUUGCUCUGUCUUACGAAGCCAGUAAAACCCAGACCAGAAUUAAAAAUGGGUAUCACUUGAUAGGAUUUAGUCCUUCCUUAACAAUACUCGGCCAGGUUAACGUCCGGUCCAUAUUUGAUAGCCUGGAUAACCAGGAGCGUUUGGUGAGCGAACAUUGUAAGUACUGCAAAGGUGCACAUCCCUCGAAGACUGCUUAGGUUCUGCUAAUCCCAUAAGCAGAUAAUGUUUGAAUGAAAUGAUCAGACAACAAAUAGCGACUUCAAGGGAAGAGGAGAGCGCGGUCCCGCUUAGCGUCUGGGUGUAUAGGGGACGACACUGCGAAAAGGGACGAAUUCCGGAUCGCGGGCCUGGCUCAAGACCCUUAAUACCUUCAUGACACCGUGUGGUAGACACCAGUAGUUUAGCAUGGAGGAACCUAAGGACGCAUCAGAAGCUUGCGUCACCAUCUUCGCACCGCCCCCCCCCCCCCCCCCGUUCCACCUGCUGUCUCUAGGCUUCUAUUGGUUGCCUCGCGGAAGGCCCGCCCCCUAGAGAAAGAAGGAAAUAUCCCAGUAGCCGGCCCAAAUAACCGUAACUAGCCUGACGUCAUAACGCAGCCAAUCAGAAGCACAUAUGUUUAGGCUUGUCCAAUGAGCUCGGAAACUGGCUUGGCCCGCGGAGUUUGAUUUUCGUUCAGGGACGCGGAAGUUGUGCCCGGCCUCGGGGCGAGCCGCAAGGUGGGUGGGAGACCGGAGGUAAGGGCCAAGCAUCCUGCGGAGUUACCCAGGUUGAGGGAAGGGGUUUCGGUGUCCAGCCCCGGGUCGGUGGGGGACGUCGUUACCGUCUGUGGCUUGCAAACCGAGGCGCGCGGGCGGACCCGAGUCGACGUCCGAGCGCUCCUGUACCAGGACGGGCGCACGUAGGGCGUCGCUGACUGCGGAUUCGAGGCAGCAUUUCUUAAGGACCGCAGCUUGGUGUCCCGGUGGUUGCUCGCAGGCUCGGCUUCGGAGGAAGGUAUCAAGAAACUGAUAAUGUUUCCUUGAAUUCGCUUAUGUAUGUGUUUCAUCAAUGUCACUCAUACUGAAUAUCUUAAGAGAGAUGCUGGAAUAUUUCGGUGUUCCCAUAGACCAGGUUUUGCAGAUUAGAGAAAAUAAAGACUAUGGAUCAGCUCGGAGUAUUGUUCGUCUUAUUGGGAAAAUUCUUCCUCUAGAACCUUGUCCCAGGCCUAAUUUUGAGUUGAUCCCUCUAUUGAACUCUGUAGACCCUGGUAACUAUGGAUCUGUAGUUCCGUCUUUUGCUGAUACUUUGCGUGUGGCAAAUGAUGAAGAAGGCAGUUAUCUCAGAUUUCGAAAUAGCAUAUGGAAAAAUGAAGAAGAGAAGAAAAUGGAAUUUUUCCAUCCUUUGCCACCAGUUUGGAAUCCAUUGCUGCCUGCUCCAAGACAGAAUAAACGAACCAAAAAUGAUGGGCCUGUAAAUGAAGCUGCAAUUAAAAAAAUAGCUGCCCUCGAAGAUGAGCUGACUUUUCUUCGCACUCAGAUCGCUGCAAUUGUGCAAAUGCAGGAACUGAAAAACCAUGCAAACGCUGGCCUCUUUGACUUGAACAGCGAACCUAGCAGUUUGGGACAAAGGCCAUCGCCAGGAACUGCUGAACUGAGUGUCAAACCAGAUCCAUUUUCAAGUUCAGUGUUCUUCCCUCCACCUGCUCCUCCUCCUCCAGUGCCCCCUCAGCUUUCUUCUCCGCAACGUCCAUGUUCACUUACAUGGCCAGGAACUAAUAAUACAUGUAACUCAGAUAACUCAGCAAAUGAAGUGAAAAGACAGCAGUCAGGUGAUAGUAAGACUAAUGACAGUCAUCGUUCGAAAAGCCAGGAAAAUAAAGAUGUUCCGAAUAUGUUGGACAUUCUAAAGGAUAUGAAUAAGGUUAAGCUCCGUGCUGUGGAACGGUCACCUGGAGGUAGACCCAUUCAUAAGAGGAAAAGACAAGAUUCACACUGGGAUCCAGUGUCUUUAAUAUCCCAUGCACUUAAGCAGAAAUUUGCAUUCCAAGAAGAUGAUUCCUUUGAGAAAGAAAAUAGGUCUUGGGAGUCUUCUCCAUUUUCUAGUCCAGAAACUUCAAGAGUGAGCUAUAAUAACGUAAAGUUAAUUUUUUAAUUUUUCAAAAGCGUAUUGUCCAUGAUGUAUCUCUGCCCUCAAGUUCUCUUGAAGUUCUUGCACAGAAUGGACCAUACAGUUAUUUGCUGGUACCGCUAACGUUUCUGUUGUUUCUGUUAACUUUUACAUGCUCCUUUUCUGCUUGUACCUUACUAUGAAUUUUUUUUAAAUAAAACACUUGAUUUGAAAAAUA